AUGAUGCCCACACUUAAUCUAGGAAUACAUAUUCUUGUUAUAUAUCUCAUUUUCCUAGCACAUCAAAUUCAAGGAGACCAACUUCUUCGAACCAAUGAAGAGACUGGGUAUCGACAUGUAUUUGGAUCAGGAUAUGACAAGGACACCCCUUAUAAAGCUGCACAUGCAACAUAUGCUGCUAGCUACUUUGGGCUUGUUGUUACUAUGGAUGUAUAUGGGUACAAUCUCAUUAAUGGCCAAGUGAGCACAACAAAAAUUAUAAUUGGUAACUUGGAGGAUGGCAAAUCCAAUGAGGAUGCAAUUUGGGUUGGAUGGCAAGUUUACCCAAAACACUAUGGCGAUUCACAUACUCGUUUCUUCACACUUUGGACCCCGAGAGACGCUUAUCGUACUACAGGGUGCUUUGACAUGGAGUGUCCUGGUUUUGAGCCAGCAUGGGGAGCAAGACUAAAACCGGGUGCAGUAAUAGAUCCAUCAUCGCAUCAAAAGAUUACAAUCAAAGUGCUUCAGGAUAGGAAAACUGGGGACUGGUGGAUCCACGCUGGAUUUAAUGGUUCUACAACAGUUAUUGGGCGUUACCCAGCAAAACUAUUCGACAAGUUAUCCAGAAAAGCGACUAAUAUUGCAAUGGGUGGUGUGGUUGGAGCGGUUGGUAGUACCCCAAGCCCUCCGAUGGGUAGUGGAUACUUUCCCUCCAGUAAAGCCGCUUCAAUCACCGGCAUUUCAUACAUUGGAGAAGAUGGAAAACUCAGACCGUUUGCCCUCAAUACAAUAAAAGUGGAGACUAAGAGCAGUUGUUACUCUGUCACACCUAUUACAAAUGACAAGUUCUCUUAUGGAGGGCCUGGAGGUUGCUCCACGCGUGCUUUUUAG